CUUCCAUUGAUUUGAAGAUCAUAAGAUUGUUCCCUGGUUCCUACAUCUCACGGCACAGCCUAUACCAAACAUCAUCAUCAAAUCCAAACAUAGGACCCUAUACCUUCAAUGACGAGCGAAGGCCAUCGGACUCGCAUCACGCAAGCAUGCAUAAGCUGCAAGGUCCGUAAAAAGAAGUGCAACCGGGGGGUUCCUUCAUGUAGCUAUUGCAUACGGAAAGACCUUGAUUGCCGCUAUGUUCCGGUUCCCCGCCGACAUGGUCGUUUCAGCCUGAACACACGCGGCCCAUUGCAUACAGCAAUACACCACGAGACACUGACAGGGGAAACAAGUGUCGACCUGGUGGAGCCUAGACCGACGUUUACGGAACUGGUGAUUGAAAGGGACACUUUUUACCGUCCGCGGAUUGAGGGUCUAGAUGGCAUUUACCUCGAGGCUCAAAACAUUAUUCGCUCCACCGGCAAGUUUGUAGAUGAUCUCACGGCUCGAUAUUUUCGGAAUUUUCACAGUCAUCUGCCCAUCAUCUCCCGCGUGCGUUUUCAAAACAAUCUGAUAUCGACCGGAUCAGCGCCCAGUGCCGACGCCUCGGUCCUACUACUCACUGUCUGCUUGCUUGCGUAUCUUCCAAGUUCUCAAAUGCAUUCCCAAGAUGGAGAAGCACUUGUGAUGGGCCGACAGUCUCUGUAUCUCGCCACGAAGGCACUUGUCGCUCAGGCCCAGGGAUCCUUGCAGCCUUCUAUCCCUCUGAUACAGGCAACGCUCUUGUUAGCUACAUACGAAUAUGCAAAUGGUAAACCGGAAGCCGCAGUGGUCACAAUUGCGGGCUGUGCGCGAAUGGCGUAUGCUGCUCGUAUACAUGACAGAAGACACCACAGCAUGGAUUGUGAUAGCGGUAUUGACGUCGAGGAAGCUGGGAAUACAUGGUGGGGAAUCGUCAUCUUUGAACGAGCCUUUCUCUGUGAGACCGACAGCAUCGAGCAGCCAAUGGCUACUGUUCUGCCUCCCGGUGACACUCGGCUGCCAAUCGAUCGCGACAUGCUUGAUAGGGGGGAUUUUCAGAGCCCAGGUUCUAUACCCAAUAUACCCGUCUCGUGCUUGACUACACCAGACGUUGGUGGCUUCGGGCGCGCAGCUCAAGCAUCUUGUCUGCUAGACCAAGUAUUGAAAGGGUUGGUAGCACCCGAUCUUAAUACAAGGCUACCUCUGCUCGAAAGUCUGGACCGGAGCAUCCAAUCACUCCUGGCGUUUGUUUUGAACCACAGGCCGGAAAGAGACUCACCUUAUUGUACAGCACUGUCGGUGACACUUAGCAGACUAUUAUUCAAACUACAUAGCCAUAUCUUGGAUCUACCGGAACACACUGUUACCGCUAAUCUGAGAAGCCUGGAGGACUGGAAAAAGAGCUCACUGGCGGCACUUGAUACUGCUACGACGAUCGUUAUCGACAUGUCGAAGUCCCAUUACAGCAAUCUUCCGUCGGAUGGGACCAAUAAUACCUCUCCAGUGAUUAUCUAUGUGGUUCGUGCUGCGAUACAGCACAUUCAAUCUCGCCCAUGUGACGGAACUUCUCCGUGGUCGGAGAUUGUGGAGACUGAACUGCAGCUCUACCUGGAUAAAUUGAGGCAUCAAUGGGUUGCUUCUCAUCAAUGA